UAAUUUCAUCAAACAAUCUUACAGCAUAUAUAUACCUUAAGCAAUCUCCACUACUUCACUUCAGUUAUCAAUUUCCAGAAAUCAUGGGUGCCCAGAGCCAUGUACUCGAGAUCACUUCCUCAGUCUCCGCAGAGAAAAUAUUCAAGGGCAUAGUCCUUGAGGUUGAUACAGUUCUCCCCAAGGCUGCCCCCGGAGCUUACAAAAAUGUCGAAAUCGUUGGAGAUGGCGGCGCUGGAACCAUCAGAAAUAUUACCCUUGCCGAUGGUAGCCCAGUGACCACAAUGUCGAUCAGGACUGAUGGAGUUAACAAGGAGGCCUUCACGUAUGAUUCUACCAUCGUUGGUGGAGACAUCCUUUUGGAAUUCGUCGAAUCCAUUGAAACUCAUCUCGUCGUUGUGCCAACUGCUGACGGAGGUAGCAUUACCAAGACCACUGCCAUAUUCCACACCAAAGGCGAUGCCGUGGUUCCUGAAGAGAACAUCAAGUUUGCAGAUGCGCAGAACACUGCUCUCUUCAAGGCUAUCGAGGCUUACCUCAUUGCUAACUAAUCACCAAUAAGGUUUAAUGAAGUCGUCACUGUCGGAUUUAUGAGCAGAAGGUUAAUUAGUAAACCGCAGCUUCAUGAAAGUUCGCUUGUGACAGUUCUGUUUGGUGUAUGUUGUAACUUUAUUUCCCUUUGUAUUUUGAUGCUUUUGUCUGAGACGAAUAAAAUGUACCCGAGAACGAUUUCGAUUAAUAUAUCGGUGUUUCUUAAAA